AUGUCGAGUUUAGAUUCGUUGAAACGUGAGCGAACGACGCUCAAAGCACGCGCGACUAGAUUUAAGACAUUUGUCGACAAUUAUGCACACAGUCUUGAGAAUAGGUUACUGUUAGAAGCGAAACUUGAGAAAUACAAUGAGCUGUGGACCAACUACGCGGAACGGGAAAGGUUCGAAGAGCUGUUCUUCAUAGUGCAAGCUGCGGCUCGAUCGAAGCUAGCGCAAAAUACUAACAACACGACAAACAACCAAGUAGCUGUACAAAACGUGAACGUAAAUCAAACACCAGUGCGAUUGCCCGUGAUUUCUUUGCCGACCUUUAGUAGAAAUUAUGAGCAGUGGCAGCAAUUCUAUGAUACGUUCCAAGCACUAGUACACAACAACGUUCAAUUAGAUUCAAUUCAAAAGUUUCAUUAUCUGAAAUCUGCACUGUCAGAUUCGGCUGCUCAAGUUAUACAUUCAUUGCAAACAACUAACGAAAACUAUCCUAUUGCACUUGAAUUAUUAACUAAGCGAUUUCAAAAUUUACGGUUAACUAUACAUUAUCACGUUAAAGAACUGUUCGAUAUCCCUCCAAUUCCAAAAGAGUCGGCAGAGAUGUUACGAGCAUUAUCAGAUGACUUUCAAAAACAUUUACGAGUGUUGCAGCAACUAAAAGAACCUGUCGACAAAUGGGAUACUCUCAUAAUUUAUCUAGUUACGAGAAAAUUGGAUCCCACGACAAAGAAGGAAUGGGAGCUGAAGGUGGCUCAGGAAAAAUUGUCAACUAUUAAACAACUUAUGGGAUUUCUUGACACACGCUGUCAGUUCCUUGAAUUUCUUCACCCGGCGCACGGAAAGGUUUCUACGCAGAAGCCAAAUCAGGUCAAAGCAAACAAGAAUCAAGGUACAAGUCUUGCGCACGUGGUGGCAGGUGAAGCAGUCGAGUGUGCUCUCUGUAAGCAGGCACAUCGAAUAUUUGCAUGUAAAAUUUUUAAAGAAUUGUCAUUAGAGUCACGGCGUAACGAAGUGCGGAGAUUAAAUCUGUGUUACAAUUGCCUAGCACCGAAUCGCACAGUACAAAACUGCACUUCUCGCACGUGCAGGCACUGCUCAAAGAAACAUCACACACUGCUUCACGCGGACGAACGAGUCAAUAACUCCAACAAAGGCUCAACUGUGUCAAGCGAUUCGUCCGAGAAAUCAAGCAACGCGAAUAAGCAAGCAUGCGAAAAAUCGGUUGCAACUUCUGUAACUAUGAAAUCAAGUUGUCUUAAUCAAGUCAACCCGGAAAUUCUUUUGUCGACAGCGAUGGUGUACAUUCGGGAUGAUGAAGGUAGAUGGCACAAGGCACGCGCUUUAUUGGAUAACAGGUCGCAAUCUUUCAUUACUAAAGCUUUGUGUCAACGAUUGAAACUUAAUGUUAAUAAAAGUAUAAAACAUAUGAUAUCAUGUCUUAAUGUGUCUGAAACAUCAAUUGUUGAAACGACUCAGACUAGUAUAGCAUCUACGAAGACGACAUACGAAACAGACGUUAACUUACUCAUCGUCAAUCAGAUCACACGAUCCAUUCCUACUAAAACUAUUAGUAUCAAAUCCGUGAGUCUUCCUCAAUGCCUAAAUUUGGCAGAUCCAACGUUUUAUAAACCACAAACUGUUGACUUAUUAUUGGGAGCAACGAUCUUCUGGGACGUUCUCGAAACCGAAAGGAUCCAGUUGGGAGCUAAACAACCCAUGUUGCAGUCAACGAAGCUGGGCUGGAUAUUAUGUGGACAAGUCGGAUCAUCAAACGUUUCGCAAUUUCACAACAGGUUAGUAAUUUGUGGACUUGUUCGAAACGAUGAACUUAACGCACAAGUGGAAAAAUUCUGGCGCAUAGAAGACAUGCCAGAAACAAAGAUUUUCUCCAAAGAAGAAGCUAAGUGUGAAGAACUUUUCCAAAACGAACAUAAAAGAACUGCCGACGGUGGGUUUGAGGUAGCAUUGCCGUUUCGCGAAGAUCCACGCAUCCUGGGAGAGUCGAAAACCAGUGCACUCAAGCGACUGCAUCAUUUAGAACGCAAAUUUAAAAGAGAUCCUCAACUGCAGGAGAGAUACGUCAAGUUUAUAGACGAGUACAUUAAGCUUGGUCACAUGUCAGCAGUGCCGGACACAGAGACCACAGGAGUAAACUAUCUUCCACACCAUGCAGUCCUCAAGAAGGAAUCAGUAUCGACGAAACUUCGAGUAGUGUUCGACGCUUCCUGUCCCACUACAUCCGGAAAAUCGUUGAACGAUUGUUUGAUGGUAGGACCUACCAUUCAGCCGGAGUUGUUUGAAAUUUUGUUGCGGUUUCGACAACAUCCUUACGUUCUAAUCGGUGACAUCGUUAAGAUGUAUCGACAAAUUAUGAUUAAACCAGACCAUCGACGAUACCAAUGCAUAUUAUGGAGAGCACAUCCAGCAGAUUCUGUAUCAACGUUUAGCCUAAACACGGUUACUUAUGGAACUGCUUCAGCACCUUUCUCAGCUAUACGUUCGUUGCAACAAUUGUCUUUCGAAUAUGAGGCAAGUCAUCCUCGUGCCGCUGCGGUUAUCAGUCGCGACUUCUAUGUUGAUGACAUGAUCACUGGAGACUCAUCAAUGCUUGAUCAGAUCAGUAUGACCUUGGGUGGCGUCACCAAGGUCAGAGCAAUGUCACUUUGA